UUUUGACCGGCUGCGAGUUCAAUACCAGGUUGCUAACAAUACUCUUCUGCACUCGUCAACAUUUUCGUGCGUUGUCAGGUCACACUGGUAGUAACAGGCGGCACUACACUGCUCUCACGAUGGCAAAGUAUCAAAUUGUUAUGGUUCGCCAUGGUGAAAGUGAAUGGAAUAAACUUAACAAGUUCUGCGGUUGGUAUGAUGCUGAUUUAUCAGAACAAGGUCGUAAUGAAGCUAAGGCAGCUGGAGUGGCUUUGAGAGAAGCUGGUUACAAGUUUGAUAUUGCACACACUUCUGUGUUGACCCGAGCCAACAAGACCCUUGAUGCUAUCCUUAAGGAAAUUGGCCAGACAGACAUUCCUAUUCAAAAGACAUGGAGACUGAAUGAGCGUCACUACGGAGGGCUCACUGGCCUCAACAAGGCCGAAACGGCAGCCAAGCACGGAGAGGAGCAGGUUCAGAUCUGGCGUCGCAGCUUCGACAUUCCCCCGCCUCCUAUGGAGGAGAGCAGCGAAUAUUACAAGAUCAUUGUCGAGGACCCACGCUAUGCCAACGGACCUUCCAAGGCCGAAUUUCCUAUGUUUGAAUCACUCAAGUUGACCAUUGCGCGCACUCUGCCGUACUGGAAUGACACGAUCGUGCCGCAGCUCAAGGAAGGCAAGAAGAUCCUCAUCGCCGCCCAUGGUAACUCUCUGCGUGGCAUCGUCAAGCAUCUCGAUGAAAUGUCGGACGAAGCUAUCAUGGGCCUGAACCUCCCUACUGGCAUCCCAUUUGUGUACGAGCUUGACGAAAACUUCAAGCCCGUCGUGAGCAUGAAGUUCUUGGGCGAUGAGGAGACCGUCAGGAAAGCCAUCGAGUCUGUGGCAGCGCAGGGCAAGGCCAAAUAAAUAAAAGUGCAUUGCAACUAGCAUCCCAGGUACGCAGGUUUGUUGUAACAUGCACGUAGCACCUCGGUGUUGGGAUCUUUGUAUGUUAUGUGUUAUGCACACUUGAGAUCAAAUGAAAUACUAAGUCGAAAUAUCGAGCUAAUCUAUGCUCGUAAAAUAGUCUCACGACCGUGGAUUUUGGGGGGUUUUGUUUAUACAAAUGUGAUUCCCGUGUGUUAAGUUGAAUUGAUGAUCUCUUCUGCUGAUUAAAUUCACAGUAAAAUCCGCGCUUGCUUAGACUAUCUGGUGGUGAGCUGAGAUCGUAGUCAAGGCUCUUUGUCUCUAUUUGUAGGCACGCUGGUUAAAUUCACAGGAAUGCUUAGUAGAGCCUUCUAAUGGUAGGAACUAACUUGGAAAAUAUCUGUACAUGUGAGUGGUUACAGCCCUUUAGGCGGAGUAAACUAUCGAGGUUGGUUCGAGUCUUCGUCGACUAGAGGAUUCUUAGCUGUUCCUCGUUUUCAGUUUUUCUUGAAAACAACGUCUUACUGACAUAACUGCGAACAAAUAUUUCAUGUGUUAAGUCAAGAUCCCAACUUAGGGCUGUAAUAAUAAUAGUGCAUAAAACUGCCUAAGUUAAGUUCAUAUUGGAUAAGUGCCCUUAAAUAUUGUCCUUCAUUUUAAUGCCAUAGUUGAUUUAUUAAAAGUUUACAUCUGAUAAGUUAAUUCUUCGCUUCGUGGAGUUUAAAGUUCUUUAUCUCGAAUCUAAUUGUUCUGUCAGAAUUAUUGGUAUCUAGUCUGCGGUAAUCCCCGUAUUUUGCUGUAGCAGAAUUAAAGCAAUACUCGGCAAAGUC